GGAAAAUCUAAGCAAAGGGAGUUGAUAUUCUUCAACAAACUAUACAGAUAUCUACGAACUACAUCCUAUCCGACCAAGCCAGUCUAGCCAAGCACCAGAGCGAAGAAAACAUAGAAGAUGCCAGUUUUAACUCCAGAAACUCCCGUAUCCCAGACAGUGCAGGAAGUUUCAGCUUCAAACGGUGACAACAGUAGCAUCUUGACGUAUAUUCUUGUCAUUGGAGCGAUCCUUUUUGCGACGGGUGCUGGUGCCAUAAAAUGGUUGUAUCCGAAUAGUAUCGAGGACGUGGAAAGGGAGAUAAAGUGCGUUGACGAAUUGAUUGAGGAAAAUAUGGGCCUUGAGCGUAAUAUCUUGGGGGAUUCUGGUUGGGGAUUUAGAGAAAGGUUGAUCCAGCAAGACGAGGAGGCACGUAGAACCAGGAAUAAGAAGAAUGCGGAGCCGGAUAGGAAAGAGAUUGUUGAAUGGAUUAUCUUCCGCUGGCGACAGAUGGAGGAUGUGAAGGCAAACUAUCUGUCCUUGAUGAAUUUGAAAGAGGAAUUGAUGACGGCGAUAGAUGAACGGAAGCGAGGCUUGCAUACUAGGCACGCACCGAUACCAACGAUGGCUGUGGACGAUGGUUUUCGGGUAGACUAA